AUGUCGCCUCUCCACCCUUCGACCUUCCUCGCCGCAGCGGCCCCAGCGACGCCGGGUCUCUCGCACGUCACGCGACUCACUGCCAGCACCUUCGUCCGCACGCACGAGACGGUACGCCAGCAGAAAGCCGACCGCUCAUUCGCGCUCGCCUACCAGUACAUCAUCGUCGCCAUAAUCGCACUCUUGACCAUCCGAAACAUCGCACGGGUUAUCGCGCGGCGGAACAGGGCAUGGAGGCUGGUCCUCCAGAAGCUCAAUUCGCUGCAGAUGGAGAAGCUGGGCGAGCAGAAGGAGGCGUACGAGCCGCUGGGACACCGGGCGACGUGGUCGGCUAAGAUGGACGCGAUUGUCUUCCUCCCGUUGCGGUCGCGCUGGGCGUGCGGCCUCGAGAACCCCCUCCAAGUCUUCCUCGUCCUCGCCUCGAUCGCACUCAACGUCGGCUUCGUCCUCGCCAUCACUCUCGAGUACAACGGACCGCAGAACAGCACCUGGAACACCAUCCACAUUGUCGCCCUUCGAUGCGGAUGGAUGUCGAUGGCCCAGUCGCCAUCCGUCAUCGCGCUGACUGGUCGGAACAGCCUCGUGCGGUUCUUGACAGGCAUCGACGAGCAGCACUUGCGGUUCUGCCACAAGUUGCUUGCGGCGUGGAUGGCGCUGCUUGGCGUUGUGCACACGAUCGAUGCGACUUGCGCGCAACUCGUUUGGUUCGGCGGGAAUGGCGUCGGUAGCCUGUGGCUGCACAACUACCUCGGGCGGACUGGCAUCGCCAUGAUCGUCGGCCUCAUCCUCCUCUGCGUCUUCUCCCUCCGCCCCAUCCGCAUGCGUUUCUACGAGACCUUCCUCGUCGCGCACGUCACGGGCGUCAUCCUCGUCCUCGUCGGCAUCAUCUACCACGUCCCCUCCCUCCGCGUCUGGCUCUACGUCCCCCUCGGUUUCUGGAUCUUCGAACGCGUCAUGCGACUCGUCCAGACUUGUUCCCUCAGUCUCCUCCUUCAGCUCAAGUUCAGGUCGCCGCUUGUCAAGGCGAGUGCGACGCUGAUUGAAGGAGCAGUCGUGUUGAGGGUGCCGUUCAAGGGAGAGUGGCAGGCCGGCCAACACUGCUUCCUGCACUUCCUCGACCCAUCCUUCGCCUCUACCCCGACGGUUUGGUUCCAGUCGCACCCGUUCUCAAUCGCCAACGUCCCGACCUGCACCGCAGCCUACGACAACGGCCACCACGACAUGCUCUUCGUCAUGCGUACGCGGAAGGGCAUGACCAAGGUCCUUGCCGACCGGCUUGCGAAGAGCCCGACCGGAACGGCGGAUCUGUGGUGCACCGUGGAAGGACCGUAUGGCGGCGCGACGGACACGGAGCAGUUCCAUGAGAUCCUGCUUGUUGCCGGCGGAGCUGGCAUCUCGCAUGUCAUGAGUAUGCUCGCCGACAUACUUUACAAGGCUCGCAAUUCAUACUCGCGCGCGACGAGGGUGCGAGUCCUCUGGACGGUGCAGAACGUGGAGCAAAGUGUCUGGACGCUGCGCGAGCUGCUGAACUCCGCCAAGACGGCUUACGAAGCAGGUGUCGAGCUGCAAGUCGAGCUCUACGUGACUCGAGGGAUGCAGACGCCUUCUCCUCAAACCGUCGACUUGCUCUACAAGGAGCUCCCGCAGCCGCCUCGACCAACCCUCGAACAGCGCCGCGCCUCCGUCGCCUCGAUGAACUCGUGGCACGAAAGCCCGAUCGUCGACGCUCUCACCAUCCUUCCCGGCCGACCACGGAUCGACCACAUCGUCCCUCGCUUCGUCUCCAACGCGCAGGGCAAGACGCUGGUCGUCACCUGCGGCCCGACUGCAAUGGCGCAAGCGGUGCGAUGGGAGGUGACGAAGCUGUUCUCGGCUUAUCCUGUCUCGCUUGAGGUCGCGCUCUUCGAGUGCUAG